AUGGAUUCCGACGAGACAUUUCGGGCUCACGAGAAGCAAUUCCAUGCCAUUCUGGGCGUAGCGCCUGUCAUCGACCUUCUGGCGGAGAAAGAUUACCCCUUCGCCCACGAAGCGGGGAUCUAUAACCCCGAGACGAAGGAUCUCUUCGUCACCAGCAACAAGCUCACGAAUGCUGAUGGAAGUCCCCAUAUCCAGGUUACUCGCAUUGGCCUGAAGACCUCGCCGGUCACCAUAGAGGAAAUCGAGACCAGAAUCCUCAUGGCGAAUGGUGGGGUGAACUGGGAUUCCAAGCAUGCAUUGAUGUGCGGCCAAGGAACCAUGGACCAGCCAAGUCAGCUAUAUUCGAUGAAGCUUGAGGCGCCUUACCAUGCCUCACCGAUAAAGGGGGAUUUCUAUGGCCGACCUUUCAACUCCGUCAAUGAUGUGGUGGUACAUUCAGAUGGGUCGGUCUGGUUCACUGAUCCGACCUACGGGUUUGAGCAAGGCUACCGACCGAAACCUGCUUUACCGAGUCAGGUCUAUCGCCUGAUGCCUGAAAGUGGUAGCAUUCGAGUGAUGGCUGAUGGGUUCGGGCAUCCAAAUGGCAUUUGUUUCUCGCCUGACGAGAAGACGGUUUACAUAACCGACACCGAUAAACAGAAUGGAGAUGGAACUGUUGAUGAUCGAAAAGCUUCUGCGAUUUACGCCUUUGACGUGUCUAUCUAUCACGGAGAACCAUUCCUCACGAACCGCAGAAUGUUUGCUGCGACGGAUGCUGGGAUCCCCGAUGGCAUCAAGUGUGACCUUGAUGGAAAUGUUUACAGUGGUUGUGGAGACGGUAUCCAUGUUUGGUCUCCUGGUGGUGUACUUUUGGGGCGGAUUCGGAUUGAUGGAGGUGUUGCGAAUUUCUGUUUUGGGGAGAAUGGUGAAAUAUUCGCGCUGAAUGAGCACAGAUUAUGGAGGGUGCAGCUGGGAACUCAUGUCAAGGGUGCAUUGCUUGGACUCUAG